ACCCACUCACCUGUGAUGAGCGUGCAGUGCCGUAGUUUACCACUGGAGGGAAGCAGGUCUGUGUGGCUCCUACCAAGUGAAGUGCUGACUCACUGUCAGAGAGACCUGCAGCACGAGGCACGAGCAUCUCCCCCUCCCACCGGACUCCUCCCUUCGCUCACACCGGCAGUUGUCAUGGCGAUGGGGUCAGCUUCGGCGUUGGCUCCAGGGGUCGUUGCCAUGGAGACGCCGGUGCGAGGUGCGCUCUCGGUGGUUCAAGAAGACGACGGCUACAGCGCGCCGCCGCCGCCGCCGGGGUCCGAGGAGCGACUGCGGCACCGCCAGGGGGGCGGGAGACGGAGGCACGGGGUGCCGUUCAACCGGGGGGGCCACUACAUGCUGGUGGUGAUCGGGGAGAUCGGCACGGAGCACCAGCUGGACGCCGCCAGGGCGCACGUAGAGCGGGGAAUUCGGUCGUGGGACGUUGACCCGAGGAGCUGCGACCUCGACCGGCAGCUGCAGCUGUUCAUAACUCGUCACUCGGCCCAUUUCUCCUCCGAGGUCAAAGGACAAAGAACUCUGCACCACCGGAGUGAUGUGCUAGAGACCGUGGUCCUCGUCAACCCGUCAGAAGACGCCGUUGUGUCGGAGAUCCAGUCUCUAAUCACAGACUCGGCAGGACACAAGCUUCUGGUCUUGAGUGGACAGAGCUCAGAUCACGGUGGCCUUCUUCUUCAAACCGGGGUUUUCACCCAUCAGACGUUUUCACGUGUCUUGGCUGAUCCUGGAGUCAGUGAACUUCUGGGCACGACAGCCCCCAAGCAGCCGGCUACACUCACCGUGUGCUGCCGCGGGGAGGUGGGCUGGAGCUCCGUGGGACAGCAGCAGACCCUGCGUCAGUUUGUGGAAUACAAACUGAACCCCGAGUCUGUUCUCCCCAAGAUGGAGGGCGUCGCGGAGUUCACGGAGUACAUCUCCGAGACGGUGGACGUGCCCUCGCCUUUCGACCUCCUGGAGCCCCCCACGUCCGGGGGCUUCCUGAAACUGUCCAAACCGUGCUGCUACAUCUUCCCCGGCGGGCGCGGGGACUCGGCUCUCUUCGCCGUGAACGGCUUCAACAUCUUGGUGGACGGAGGCUCCGAGCGGAAGUCCUGCUUCUGGAAGCUGGUUCGCCACUUGGACCGCAUCGACUCCGUCCUGCUCACGCACAUCGGCGCCGACAACCUCCCGGGAAUCAACGGGCUGCUUCAGAGGAAGAUAGCGGAGCAGGAGGAGGAGCGCUCUCAAGACUCCACCAACUACAGCGAGUGGAUGAAGAACCUGAUCUCGCCCGAGCUCGGCGUGGUGUUCUUCAACGUGCCGGAGAAGCUCCGAAUGCCGGAAUCUAAUCUCAAAGUCAAGCGCAGCAUCGAAGAGGCCUCCCUGACUUUGCAGUACCUGAACAAGCUGGGAGUCAAACCGGAGCCCCUCUUUCGAGUGGUCAGCAACACCAUUGAGCCCAUCACUCUGUUCCACAAGAUGGGCGUGGGCAGGUUGGACAUGUACGUCCUCAACCCCGUCAAGGACAGUAAAGAGAUGCAGUUUUUGAUGCAGAAGUGGGCUGGCAACAGCAAGGCCAAGACGGGCAUCGUUCUGCCCAACGGGAAAGAAGGAGAGAUAUCCGUGCCCUACCUGACGUCCGUCACAGCCUUAGUGGUGUGGCUUCCUGCCAGCCCGACUGAGAAGAUCAUCCGCGUGCUGUUCCCCGGGAACGCGCCGCAGAACAAGAUCCUGGAGGGUCUGGAAAAACUCAAGCACCUCGACUUCUUGCGCUAUCCCGUUGCCACGCAAAAAGAUAUUGCCUCCGGAGCGGCUCCCUCCGUUAUAAAGCAGACCAAGCUGAAGCAAAGAACAGACAGCAAGGAGAGUCUCAAGUCGUCCCCGAAGACUACGGCAAAGGCCUCAAAGAAAGAAAAUGAGGAUGAGGUGUCAGCUGCCACAGAGGCAAAGACUGAGUCUGUCAAGGAAAACAUAUCUGAGAAAAAAGAGGAGACUAAGCCCACUAAAACUAUCAAACCUAAAAGUGAUGUGCCAGAAAAGAAAAAGCUCCUAAAAGAAAAAUCUGUGAAAAAGCACCCGAAGGAAAGGGUGUCAAAAAUGGAUGAGAAGAAGGACAAGGAAAAGAAGGAGAUCAUGAAAGUAAAGAAAGAUGACUCCGCCAAAAAGGAUGAAAAGAAAGAUGUUAAGUCCAAAGACGACAAAAAGAAGGAAACAUCCAAACCGGAGCUGAGGAAAAUGACGAGGCCUGACCUGAAACCGUUCACUCCAGAAGUCAGAAAGACUUUGCACAAAGCCAAAGCGUCGAGCAAAGCAAAGACCGGAAAAAUCAAAGCAGCAAAGGCUUUACCUGCUGAGCCAAAGGCCGAGGAGCCGAAACCUCAAACUGUUCAACCCGAUCCGAUGGAGAACGGAGCUGCUCAGGGCACGUUCGUUCCCUCAACCCCUGAAGACCUCACACAGGAUUUUGAAAAUGUUAGAAAAGCUGCAGUAGCAGAUGUAUCAGCGGAGCCUCGGGACAGUAAUGAGCUGAGCCUGAAGCCACCUGAAGCAAAGUCUCCGGAAGCGGAGCCGUCGGCUCCAGAAGCUGAAGCUGAGGACAAAGCGUCGACGCGAGAAAGGGAAAUGGAAGAAGCUCAAAGGUUUGAGGAUGAAGGAGCAGCAUCUCAGGACGAGGACGAGGAAGAAGAAGAGGCCCCGCCUGCUGAGGAGAAAACAGAAGAGGAGGUGGAAGAAGAUAUGGGAAUAGGUGAAGAGGAGGAUGAAGACAAAUGGAAGGAAGCAAAGGACGACAGUCUCGACAGGAAACAUGAGUUGGAAGAAAUGGAGAAAUCAGACAAGCUUUCGGCAAAGGUUGUGACAAAAGAGGAGCUGCAAAGUAUUCCGUCAGAGGAGGACGAGGAGGUGGUGGAGAAAGCUGAACUGGAGGAGGUAGAAGAUUUAGAUGAUAUAGCAGAUGAAGAGAUCAAACCCUAUCAUGCAGCUGAAGAAGAAAUGGUCACUGGACGAAUAACCACUGAACCCCAGGCUGAAGAAGUGGAAGAGGAGGAGGAGGAAGAGGAGGAGGGCUACCUGUCGCAUGUCGGAGGGGCCACAGCUCCCAUAACCUCGGUGGUCCACGGGGCCGGUGCAGCUGAACCCAUCUCCUACAUCCAAGACGAGACCAUCCCCGGCUACUCUGAGACAGAGCAGACCAUCUCCGACGAGGAGAUCCACGAGGAGGCAGAAGAGAGGAUCCCGCACCUCCAGUACGACGUGGGCGCCUACGACAUCUCCGCUCCCGAUCAGACCCGAUCCUUCGCCGGCGGGCACGGCGCGAGGGAGACGCGGGCGGCGGCGGCGACCGAGCGGAGCCCCGCCCACGGCGUGCAGGAGCAGGUGUCCGUGUUCACCAACAUCAUCACCGCUCCUCUGGCAGAAGAGGAGCACGUGUCCUCCGCAACGUCCAUCACGGAGUACGACAAGGUCUGCUCCUUCCCGGACUCUAUUGCCGAGGACCAAUCCGCGGCGUCAAACGCGCCCCCCGCGGGCGAGGAGCCCCCCAGGAGCCCCGUCACCCCGCCCGACGCCAGCCAAGGCAAAGGGCAGCCCCGCUCGGCGGGGACGCUCUCCCCGCCGUCUUUGGAAGAAGACAAACGAUCCAGGUCUCCGUCCGGUGACUUCGAGCUGCCCGUCGCCGACGUGACGGCGAAAGCUCCCGAAGCCCCCGACGACGAAGAAGAGGAGGAAGAGGAGGAGGACGAAGACCAAACUCCCAACGCAGACAUUUCCCUUGAAAAGCUCCAAGAGGGCUACGCUUCAUCCCAAUUAUUGCAGCGCAAGGAGACGGACAUGGAAAAGCUCGCCGGCUCAGUUUGUCCAGUUUCAGCCGUUCAAGACACCAAACCAGUCCACCUACCAGUUGAAGAAGAUGAUGCAGACGCACCCAAACACAUUUUAUCUGUUGUGCCCCCUAGACCUUUUGGAACAGACUCCGUGACGUCGGAGAGCGAGGAGCGCUGCUACAGUCCAGAUGACAUCACUGUGAAGAUGGCCUCGCCUCCACAGUCGGGACCACCGAGUGCAGCUCCAUCUCCCAGUCGUCAGUCCCCAGUCGAAGACAAGCUGAAGGCCCCUCCUCGUUCAGAGGAUCCCCUGGAAACGAAAAAGACAGACGAUGCAGGAAAAGAGACGCAAAGAGUUGUUGACGAACAGAAAGCGGAUCUGCGCGAAGAAGCAGUUUCAACGUGUUUGGAUGAAUCAUUUGAGAGGGACACGAAGGAGGUUCCAGUGACAAAAGAGCCAGAAAAAGACACUUCAUCAGCGCCAAAAGAGGAAGGCAAACGGUCAGAAACAAUCCCUGCUGUUGCUGCGUCUUUAGGAGAAGUUCAGCCAGAUGGAAAGAGGGAUUCCCUCAUUCCACCUGGAGCAAUUAAAGAGGUCGAAAUGGUCAAAGAAAAAGAUCCCAAAGUGCCGAUCACAGGUACAUUUACGGGACGGGAAAGUCGUCUCCUGCACGAUGAUGAUGAUGAUAAGAAAGAUGAUGAUGAUACGUCUGCAGCUAAAACCAUCAAAGCAGAACACGAGGGGAAAAAGGACGACACCGUCCAUCAAAUCGAGGAUGAUAAAAAACAGAAAGGUGUCAUCCAGGAAGACGUUCUAGCUGCGACGUCCAUCACGGAGGAGACAGAAGACAAAGAGGCGACCAAGGAUGAUACGGCCGAUAUUAAACCCAUUAAAGAUGAGCACAGAGAGCCUGAAAAGGACCUCACUCCUGAAGUCACAACCAAAGAAGCAGAGAUAGAAGCUGUUGCAUUUGAGAUCAAACAAACCAAAAAUGAGCCAAAGCAGAGCGAUGAGGAUUUUCACCUCAAAAGCAAAGGUGAGGUGAAGGAAGCUGAGCUUGAAACUGAUGAUUUGUAUGAUAGUGAUAUUUCUGACAUUAGCCCGAUAAAGUCUGCAAAGACAGACACUGAACCGGUGCACGCCACAGAUAUCAAGCCUUUUAAAGACGAGAUGGAGAGAGAUGUAAAGAAGGACGACAUGCCCACUAUUAAACCUACUACAGAUCAAACACCAUCGGAUAAAGUGAUGGAAGAAAAGAAAGAGGAAAAAGAGAUGGAGCGAGGAAACGAUAAAGAGAGAGAAGAAGAAAUUAUUAGUAAGGAUGAAAUGUCUGCUGUUACCACAAAAGGGCAGGAGAUUGGUAAAGAUGCUGUCUCAACCAUCAGCCUGGGCGAAGAGGAACCUCCUGCUGCCAAGGUAGACCCACAGCAUGAAAAAGACAAGGAGACAAGUAAAGAUGACACUUCUUCAACAAAGCCCUCCGAGGGGCAGGAAAAGGAUGAGGCCUACAUCUUCAAACCUACCGCAGAAGACGUGAAUAAAUACGAUAGUGCUGCUAUGAUCCUCACCAAGGCAGAGGAGAAAGACAAAAUGCCAAGGACAGAAGAUCCUUGUGCUGCUAAACCGACACCGGCAGAAGGCAAGGAACGAGAGGAAAGUAAAGACGACGCUUCCGCCACCAAAUCUGCCCAGAUGCAAGCGGAGCACGUUCAAUUAAGGAAAGACGACGACGCGUCGGCCGCACCCAGCAUUGCAGGCACAGAGGAGACACUUAAAGACGCCGUUAAACAGGUCGCCGAGGACCAAGCGGAGAAAGAAGGAAAGAAAGAUGCUGUCAAAACGCCCGAGGACGAAUUUCUCAUCAAACCGACCGUUCAAGAUGAAAAGGUGGCAGAUAUCGGUAGAGAUAGUUGUGCUGUUAAAUCAACGAUGGAAGAAGAAACAGAGAAAAAAGCAGGAAAGGAGGAAAUGUUCUCUGAGGAAAAGGUUUUGGUUCACGAUCAUAAAGUUGUCACCAAACAAAUCAAGGAGGAAACAUGUACAGUAAUAAUAAAGGAUGACAUUUGUGGUAUUAAACCUACAAAGGAGGAAGAAAGCCCUUUUGCUGUGAAACCCCCUAAAGAUGAAGAGAUGAAGACGACAGAGGUCACGUCUGAUCUCAAACUCAUACAGGAGGAGGCAAAAGAAAUCCCAAAGGAUGAGAUUCACGAUGAAGAUAUUAAAGUAAAGGAGAAAGAAAUGGAUGAAGAGAAAGCAGAGCGAUCUGAUGUGGGAUCCAUUAAGGAGCGAAGGGAUGAUACUUCUGACAAAAUGAUAGAGGGUACACAAGAGGGUAAAGAUCAGGAGCCGGCUGAUAUCUCUCAUCACAAACCGAUUCUGGAGGAAAUUAAAGAUAAAGAAACUAAGAAAGAUGAGACUACGCAGGAGAAAGAAAGAGACUCCAGUGUAGAGCAGCCAACGGAAGCAAAAGAGAAAGAGUCCUCUAAGGCAGAAAGCCCACGUGGCAGCAGUGACUCUGAAUCUACCAAACAGGAGGCCCUGAAGGACACUCCAACGUUAAGCACCAAAGAUGAGAAGAAAGAGACAGCUGAUCAUCUGUUUGAUGCUGAAUCUAAGAAGGAUGAUAAAAAAGAGGUGGAUCUUUCCGUGUCUCAGACCCCGGAAGACGAGAGAACGAAAAAGGGUGAUAUUUGUGAGAUUGGGGAUAAGCGUGAAGAAGCCUCUGAUAAGCUUCCAGGAGCUCAAGUUGAGGAGGAAACUUUUGGUGCUGCAGACACUCAGCAAGGCACCUCUGCAACUACUUUGAGUGAAGACACAAAAGCAGUGAACGAUAACAUCCGCGUGCCUCCCAGCUUCAUCCCGGAGGAGAAAAAAGCAGCAACGGUCGCUGUCAGUCAAGAAGAGAAGAUCAAGAAGGAGGAGAAAGAAAAGGAUGACGCACACGUGGCUGAACUGAGCAAAGAACAGAAAAUGGAAAAAGAACAAGAAAAGGAAUACAGCCAUGAGACCGAUGACGCCAAGGAUGAAAACAUGUGGAAAGGGAAGGAUGCGGCAGACAAGACGGCAGAUGAGACGACUGAUCGAGACUCACCUGAUGGAGACCUCCCCAGAGAGGAGAAAUGGGAGAAAGAGGAGUUACAAGAGAAAGAUUUUGAGAAAACCAUCAAACAACCUUCACUGAACAUAUCAGGAGAAGAAGUAAAGGCCUCGACUUCCGAUUUCAAAUCUGCAUUUGUGGUUCAGUCCUCAGACGAAGACAGGGGACAUGAAGAUCAGGAGGAGGAGGAGGAGAUUUGUAUGGGAGGAGCAGGCUCCAGACCUUUGUCGGUGGAGCAGAGACAAUCGGAACACGAUAUCUCGUCUGCAGCGCUGCCCUCAUCUCAAAAACCACAGCCACACAUCAUCUCGACAUUCACCAUGCAGGAGGAGCAGAAUAAACCUGCAGCGUCCCAGCCGAUCACAGGUAUCAUCUCGACAUUCACCAUGCAGGAGGAGCAGAAUAAACCUGCAGCGUCCCAGCCGAUCACAGGUAUCAUCCCGACGUUCACCAUGCAGGAGGAGCAGAAUAAACCUUCAGCGUCCCAGCCGAUCACAGGUAUCAUCUCGACAUUCACCAUGCAGGAGGAGCAGAAUAAACCUGCAGCGUCCGAGCCGAUCACAGGGAUCAUCCCGACGUUCACCAUGCAGGAGGAGCAGAAUAAACCUGUAGCGUCCCAGCCGAUCACUGGUAUCAUCCCGACGUUCACCAUGCAGGAGCCCUCCGUGGACGACGACGCCAACGUUUUUGGCGUGGAAGAACCCAGACUCUCGCCUGAAGAAGUCGUGGAAACGGAAACCAGAGCUGCACCCCUCGCCAAGCCCGAGCCCUCUUUUGACGUUCACACGUCGAAGGAGGCAACUUCUAUUCCUCAACCAGAAAAGGCCUCCGAUACACCAGCAGCCAGAGAGGAGCCGUCAUCAGACCCGGCCGAGCAAAAGCCGACGCUGUCGACGGUAUCGAGUACCGACAGUCAGCCCAGGAGCUCUACGCUCUCGAGCACCGAGAGCCAGUCCAGUGUGGAGGAAACGCCACGACGGGAAGAACAAACCCCGCCUCCGACGAGCUCAGCGGUCGGUGAGGCGGGAAAAGCAAAGGCGGAGGAUAAACCGGGAAAGGAGGCGGAGAGGGAGAUGGAAGGAGAGCGAGAGGUGGCUUCUCCCCGAUUAUCACAGCCUUGCUCGUAUUUCACGUUGGAUUCCGAGGACGCCGGCCGACCCGAAGUUGUUGAGUCAGAAACUGCAAAAGGGACCUUAGAGAACGGAACGGCCAGCGGAAGCCCCCAAGAGGAAAAGCGCACCUUCGGUGCGUCCAAGUACGAUCCGUAUGAAAAGCCCAUUCCACAGGGUCACGACUUGGACUCCGGAGAAGAAAGCGAGGCCACUCUGGGCUUCGGUCUCGCCUCUGAAAUCGGCAUUGACGACAACAGGAGAACAAGCCAGUCGGAGGCCGGAGGAGCCAUGUUCGCCCUGGACGAUCCGUACAGAGAGGAGCCUCUGUCCUUCAGCAGGGUCGACUACGGCCCGGUGGCCCUCGCCGAGAGUGAAAGCAGCCGCCACCGCAGCGCCUCUCCCAGAUGCGAGGACAGAGAAAAGGGCCAAGAGGAAGAGUGUGAGCGAGAAGAGAGACCGGACACACCUUACGAGGAAAAGAGCUUGUCGCCCGUGGACGUUCGAGAUAACAAAAUGUCGCAGGCCGCUGAGUCCUGCUCUUUCAGUCCCAAAGAGGAUAAACCUGAGAAAUCGCAGAAGGAGAAGGAGGAUGUGGAGGGAGGUGCUGCAGCGGCAGCUUUUCCACCCGGGGCGACGGCGGCGAGCGGCGCGCCGUCGGCGUGCGAGUCAUCAAGACAAGAAACGCCGUCUCUGCCGGGUAUCGUGACGCAAGUUUCUGCUGCUCCCGUAGCUUUUGGGGAAUUUGCAGAAAAAAAAACAGAGAAGGAAAGAGAAAAAUCUGCUGAGUCGCUCAAAGACAAAACGGAGUCCUGUGAUCAUGAAAAAGAGGGAUCUCCCUCUGGUCGGCGUUCACCGGCAGAAAAGGACAUUUUAACUCAACCAGCGUCACCUUUAGAGAAAGGAGAGACUUCACAGGCUCGGAGGACUGUGUCUGCCGCCACCUUCUCAGGACACGAACUAGACGACAACGUUUUGGCCUCUGAGAAUAUUCAAAUUAGCACCUCUGCCCCUUCAAUGUCAGGGUUUCCUGAUAGAAAAGAGAGCCUGAUAGAUAAGAGGUUACUUGUAGAAGGAGAAGAUUUUAACGUCGAUGAGGAUGAUGAGGAUGAUGAAGAUGAAGAGGAGGAGGAGGAGGAGGAGGAGGAAGAAGAGGAUGAUUUGAGUGAUGUAGAUAUAGAAAAAGGUGCCAGAGAACAGUCUGAAAAAGAAAUGUGCAGGCGUACCUCCGGUGAUAGCGCUACGUUAGCACAGGCAGAGGACUCAAAUAAAAAGUCUGUACUGCCUGAAUCGAGUCUCCUUAAAGGCGAAACGGUCUGUAAACCAACACUUGGCGGUGCCUUUCCUUCCGACAAGCAGGACGAGAGUAAAAAAACAUCAUCUCCUGCAACAAAGGGACCCCACGAUGCAUCCAAAUCAACACUUCCAGAGGCAAGGGGUGACGGGGUAGCUAAAACAACACCAUCACCAGACCCAACUGUGUGCAGAAUGGACCCAAGUGGAUUCACUGCAUCCGAUGCUGCCAAACAUCCCGAAAUAAAGAAAGCAGAGGACGCAGACAGAAAACAUUUGUCUCCUGAACCGACCGCAAAGAGAAGGUUGUCCUCGGCAGAGGAAGUGUCCUCGUACGAAGCACUGCAGUCAAAAAGAGGAGAAGACGACCGAGCUUCUCUGUCGCCAAGCUUUUUGAAAAAGGAAACCGGUCAAUCAACGGCCACCAGCAGCUCGACGGGCAGAUCCCCGCCUGGAGGUUCAGAAUCCAUUCCCAAGACUGCAUCUAGCCCCUCCCCUCCUCUGAGAGGGAGCUACGCCGACAUCCGACCCGGGGCUUGUUCUGAGCAUUUCUACACUGAGGAUAGUCAAGUAGGACUGAAGAAAGAUAAAGAAGAAAAGGAGGAUGAAUAUUACAGCCAGAGAAAUAUCCAAGAUGAAGGUCUAGACAAGAGGCAGACCCUAGAUAUCACCACGGGACACCAGGAAACUGCCUCAUCACCAUGCACAUACACCACCUUAACGUACUCUACUUCCACAUACUCCUCCACGUCGUACAGUUACUCCUUCUCGCCCUCCACCACUGCCCCUUUGAGCAAACCGCUCGGAGACCAAGUCGACACUUUAACAACAAUUCCAGGCUCCACGGUACCUCUCGCCAGAGAGGAGCCAUCAGCAGAGUCUCAGAGCUCCUGCUUCGGAGGGUUUCAGAGAGAUGAGUACAUGGAGGUGACGACCAAACCCGCAGAUAAAGUGUCUUUACCUCAAAGCCUGUUUGGUGAGACCAAGCCAUCAUAUCCAUUCACGCCGACCACUGCCAAACACGCCGACCUUCAAAGCGGUUCCGCAAAGCCUGAGACUGAAUCAAAGUCAAGCCCCGACUCUUUUUGUGUGUCGGAGGCUUGCUUUGAGGUGUCUCCACUGCAGAGGGCCCCCUCCUCUGACAAAGCCUCUCAAGAGUCAUCGGAAGAUGAGGAGCCUGUCACACUUGAAAUGGAGGACAGCACCCUACCGUGUCUUAUUGAAUGUAAAAAAAUCCCAGCGGCUGAGGAAAAGGAAGCUUUUUCCUUGGUAACUGAGUCGCAUGUGGUAGAAGGUACCUCGGCCACCAGCACCACCACUACGGCCGUGUCUAAACGGGACGUGGUGAUGGAAGCAACUCAACAUGAAGCCUCGCGUGAUUCACUCAGUGAUAGUGGAGCUUGCAAAACCCAUUGUGCCGCAACAGAUGUGUCCAAAUCAGAGAAUAAAUCACGGGAGGUAAAGGAGGAAUGCGAGGACGCGACCAGAGCAACUGCACCUUUGAAGGAAGAGGAGAAGGUUUCUGAAAAAGAUGAAAAGACAUUAACUGCUAAAGACUGUGAAGUCAAGAAAAUGGAGGAUACGUUGUGCAAAGAAGGCAAAGAGGAGAGGAAGGCACCAACUGAUACCAAGAUGAGUGAAAAAGCUGAAGAUGGUAAUAAAGGAGAGGUGGAAAAGGUUGAGGGGAAAAGCUUUCUGGAGAUGCCACCAGGGAGAUUAAAGGUCAGGAGAAGGAGCAGCAUAUCUGAUUGGGAACUUCUGCAGAGGCCUGAAGACUGCCCAAGUGCUUCUCCUCGAGGCUAUGCUGAUGAUGACGAGGAGGAAGAGGGGGGGGGAGCUCUGGAAUGGAUGACCGGUGUCCAUGGUGCUGCUAGGUCCUCCUCGAAAGAUACCUACCAGACAGAAAUAUCAAGCAAAGGAGGCGCUAGGGCCGAACGUCCCUCUGACCUGAACACCUCCUCCUCUGCUCCCUACGCAGGCCACUCCUCCUGCGAGUACAAACAUCGCAAGGGGGAGCUCUCCCCAUCUUUCAUCAACCCCAGCCCUCAUCCCCUCUCCAGCGACGAGGGCGAGGAGGACGACCUCAGCGACCACUCUCAGGACGGAGACGAGGACGACCAGGAGCAGCACUCUGUGAAAAGGAGGUCGCACAAGCAGGGGCGCCACCACGCUCAGAGUUCCCACGGAGACGCCGGAAAGGCGCCGCACCAGCUGCCCGGCGCCACGUCGUCCGGUUUGGCAGUGGCGCUCGCCGGGGAGGAAACUCCGCCGACGUCGGCGAGCGAGUCACUGCCUUCGCAGUCCGAUUCCGACGUGCCUCCGGGGACCGAGGAGUGUCCGUCCAUAACGGCCGAAGGGAACCUGGACUCGGACGAAGACGCCGAACAUCUGCCUGUGGACAAAUUAUCCGGAGCCGGGGGGGGUCACCAUCCUCCAUCGCCGAGGUCAGCUCAAAAGACCCAUGACCCACCUCCCACCCCGAUGAAGGACCCUCACCCCCACUCGCCGCACCCGGACGUGUGCAUGGUGGACCCUGAGGCUCCUCCGCUCACUGACCACAGCAGCGCAGAGAAACCUCUCAAAAAGGAGCACAAGGCCACCAAGGGCCUCAGGAAGGGCAAGCCCAAGUCGGCCUCCCCCGCACGCAAGGGGGAAGUCAGGAAGAGGUCCUCCACCCCAGUGAAGCAGACCUCCAAGGACUCGGCCUCGGCUCGCUCAGCCUCCCUCAAGAGGAAGGACGCCGACAGAAGCUCCAGGCUGAUCAAGAUGUCGGAGACUCAAGGCUCCAGGAGCGAGAUCCUCACCCCGGGGAGGGGCUUGGUCAACGGAGUCAAGAGCAGUUCAGGGAACAACCCCCAGAAAGCUGGCUCGGCCGUGCCCCCCGGACCCCCCAUCUACGUCGACCUGGCCUACGUGCCCAACCACUGCAGUGCCAAGAACGUGGACCAGGAAUUCUUCAAGAGAGUGCGAGCCUCGUACUACGUGGUGAGCGGGAACGACCCGGGGAGCGGAGAGCCCAGCCGCGGAGUCCUGGACGCCCUGCUCGAGGGCAAAGCCCAGUGGGGGUCCAAUUCACAGGUGACUCUGAUCCCGACACACGACUCCGAGGUGACCCGGGACUGGUACCAGCAGACGCACGAGAGGCAGCAGGACUUGAACAUCAUGGUUCUGGCCUCCAGCAGCACCGUAGUCAUGCAGGACGAGUCCUUCCCCGCCUGCAAGAUCGAGUUCUGAGCUUGACGAGCUCCAACUGGUCCCCUCCCCAAACCUCCCCCCCCACCUCCCCCUUCCCCCCCAGCUCCCUGCUCUCAUGGUACCGGUCUAAAACGCAUUUGUUGCAGUGCUCAAAGCACUGACGUCACCUCUUCUACGGGCAAAAUCGUUUUCCUAUCAAAUCGUCACGUUGGUUUUGCCUCAAAUCCAACAGAAAACGGGACAUAAUUAUCUCACAGUUAAAAGUUAUGGCGGCACACUGUCACCUCUGCCCGAUGAUUCAAACAUCACGCUCCUCAGUGGUUGCACGUGGAGGCUCGACCUAUCUAUUUAAAAUACAUUAGAUAGUUUGUGAUGACGUGGUGGUAAACACGCGUUUGAGGAGACGUGUCAAUUAUAACGAAUUUCGCUCCUGUUCGACUACAUUUCACCGCCUCGGUGGGAGGGUGGAAGCUCGUCCCCCCUGAGAAGUGCAACAUGUGUGCGUAUUGUUGGGGUUUUUUUGGUCGCAGGAGGCUUCUUCUUGCACGUGCCUUCACGAUGUGCUCUUGGAGCGGGUGUGGGGGGGGGUUCAAGGACGUGUCGGACAUUUUGGAAGCUGAGGCCAGAAACCAGAGGGCGAGAAAAACAGUUUCGAGUUCACAAAUUUGAAAUAGAGGCGGAACGGUGCGCUAAAUUAGCUCCGGUAUCCAGGUAUAGCAUCAAUGCCACAUUCUGAGAUGCAACUUUCAAACAAAUAUGAAUGUCUUCGAACGGGAAAAUAGGAAUGCACUUUAAAAGUUGGGUUUUUGUUGGUAGUUGCAGCACGGAUAGAGAGGCUACAUUUUAAUGGUGUUAUAGAAUAUUGUAUCGUUCGUUCCUACAAACUAAGAUGAUGAUGAUGGUGAUAAAGGACAGCAUCUUAGUUCUGACGCAAUUACCGAAUAAUAAUCCCACAGUAAUAUUUAUAGAAUGGGCAUGAAUGAUUUCGAUUGUACUGGACGUAAAUAUGAAGGAGGAGUUUCUUUGAGAUUGUGUGUGUGUGUGUGUGUGUGUGUGUGUGUGUGUGAGCGUAGGACACACCCGGAGGAGCUGUUUUUUUCGGCUCACUGUGAAGGGUCUUUCGGUUGGUUCACACACACAUUCUCACGGUUCAUUUAAGCAAAGCCAACUUAUAUUUUUAAUUUCAUAUCGGAGUUCUUAGAGUAACAAAUUUACAUUUGCGAUUCGUUAUUUUUUUAUUUUCUCCAAAUGCUCGCUGCGAAUCAAAUCUUUUUCACAUUUUUUGCCAAGAUGACUCAUCACAUGCAGUUUUUGUUUAUGUUUGUUCAUUGUGGACGUCGGGUGGAGGGGGGGGGGGCUGGAUUUCCAGAAAGGACCCAGUUUGAACUAAUGAUGACGUAAUGAUAGUCAGAAUAUUGCCAACUAGAAGCAGGAAGGAUCUCCUGCACACACGGCUUAACUUCCCUCCAUUAGGAUUCAAAGUAGGACUCAAAACUCCCCAGGAGGCCGCUGUGUGGGCUGGAGGCGUUUCCCCCCCCCUCGUUAAAGGUCAAAGGUCACACUCCAGCGAAUGCCUCAUCUUCCAAAGCCGCCGGGCUCUUUUCUCUGCCUAACCCCCCCCCCCCCCCCCCCCCGCACCUCCGUAAGCCUUCAUGUGCAUCUCAUGCUUGUGAUCAUUCAGAAGCGGAGCGCUUUUAUGUAUAUUUUAUUUGGGGGGGGGGUGCAGGUUGUGUAUUAAACAUCUGGCCACGCACAAGUAUCUCCCUUUAGUCUGGAGGGGGGUUGAUCAACUAAAGGGCACUUUGAGACUGAGGGGGUCAGAGAGGAUUCAAACGGAUCUAAAUCAAGCUUUUCAUUUCACGCAUCGGAUCAUUUCAGACGGUUUGACGCAUUGUGACGUCUCGGAAUAAUGUUUUUUUGUUUUUGAGUUGGCGGAUUCCAAAUAGAAAGCCUUGAGGUUGUCGAGGCAUCGGUAGAAAGCUGUGAAUCCCUCGGGAAGGACCUGUAUGGCUAUACAGAAGCUGAGUGCACUAUAGAGGAGGAUCUAUUUUUCUGAAUGUAGAGUCGGUACCAAUGCGGAUGCUGCUGGAUCAAAUCAAAAACA